AUGCUGCAACAUUUGUCCGCCUCUUUCGACGCCGCCGGCUUUCUCUCUGUGGCGUCCCUGCUUUUCUCACUCCAAACCCUCUCUCUUUUGAUAAAGCCUCCGCUGGAUGACUCGGAAACCUUUAACCUCCAGGCUUCUGCAGAAGCCAAUCACCUGCCACAGCUCACAGAAUUCAAGAUAUACGUCGAUGACGCAGAUGGUUUUAUCGGCUUGUCGGAUGUGUUUUCGAGCCUCUCCGUGCCGGUUCUGCGCCACUUUGAGUUCGACAGUGGCGACUUGAACGGCACCUGGUUUCGGGCCUUCAUCUCUAUGCUCCGUCGAUCCGAGGGCUGCCAGCUCGAAAAGAUUGUGCUAGUUAAUGAGCAAUCGGCACAGGAGGAUUUGGCCCCCCUCUUUGACUUACCGGCCCUUUCAUCGCUCACGCAUCUCCAUAUCAACGCGAAAGACCGCCAGACCCAGGCAUGUCCUCUUUCCGAGAUGGAGCUAGAAGCAUUGAACCCUCGUCUGACGAGGAACAGUGGCCGUCUGAGUGCCUGUUUGUUGAACCUGAAAGUCUUGUCUUGCAGUGGACAUUUUGGCGUCGAGGAUUUGGUCAAUCUGAUCUCCCUGGUCAAAUCACGGGCACUAUAUGUCACGGAGCGUCAGGAGGAGCAACAGUCGAUUCCAAAGGCUGGCGAGCUACUAGACAUCCAACCUCUCCAAACUGUGAAAAUCAUUCAUCUCGCACAGUCUAGGGCACUUCAGAUAAUUCAAGCGAAUACUCUAGACGCACUGGAGGACCAAACUGGAACCAAGGUUAUUCUGCAGUCAGAGGACAAGGCUGAAAUCUGUUCGUCAAGGGUGUCGAGUUAUUACUUUCACAACUACGACGCGUCACUCUUGGAAGACGCUUUGCUGGGGCGCCGAUGGCCCGAAUGUGAAAAGCAAGGAAGUCCGCAGUAUUAG